UUGUCAAAAUUUAAGAUCAAUCAAAACCAAAAGUCGAAACGAAAAUUGAGAAAAUUUUACGAAAAUUUAUUCUUGUGACAAUAUUUCGAAAAUCUAUUUUAUUUUUAUUAAUAUAUCUGUCUAUAAUAAAAUUAUAGUUUGCUCGAGUGAUAGGCAAUAAAUUCAACUAUAUUAACCGUCUAUGAUCUGAAAUAUGAGCCAACACAAUACAUAAAUUAUCCUUUUCAGAGAUGAUAAGGCAAUCAUUAAAAUUCCGUAAAACAGUUACUAUAGUUUGUGUUUUAUCAUUAAUUAUCUUUAUAUUUCUUAUUCUUAGGCGAGACAAAUUGAAUAAUAUUGAUAUUGAGGGACACCAAAGACUAGAUAAUACACAGAACAUCGGGUAUCGAGAUUUUAAUAAAAUGCCAAAGAAAGACGACAACAGACAAGAAGCCGCCGAAAUGGAUAUAAAUAAUGAUGAAGCUAAACAAGAGCUGCAAGAAGCCAAGGCUCGACUGGCACAAUUAGAGAAAAAAAUAGCCAUAUUAGAGGGUAGAAUACCUCAGAAGUAUCCUGAUGUGAAAUAUCUUGGGUACAAGGAAAGAAAAAGAAUAUUGGUAACAGGGGGCGCAGGAUUUGUUGGUUCUCACCUUGUAGAUGUUCUGAUGACCCAAGGCCAUGAAGUGAUUGUGGUUGACAACUUUUUUACUGGCAGGAAAAGAAAUGUUGAACAUUGGUUUGGGCACAGGAAUUUUGAAAUGAUACAUCACGAUAUUGUAAACCCAUUAUAUGUAGAGGCAGAUGAAAUAUACCACUUAGCUAGUCCGGCAAGCCCACCUCACUACAUGCAGAAUCCUGUUAAAACUAUCAAAACAAACACAUUGGGGACAAUCAAUAUGCUUGGUCUGGCGAGAAGAGUUGGAGCCAAGAUUUUAAUAGCAAGCACUUCAGAAGUAUAUGGAGACCCUAUGGUGCACCCACAGCCUGAAUCCUAUUGGGGACACGUGAAUCCUAUAGGGCCAAGAGCGUGUUACGAUGAAGGCAAGAGAGUGGCAGAGACUCUAGCGUACUCCUACGCUAAACAGGAGAAGGUAGAUGUGAGGGUAGCUAGAAUAUUCAACACAUACGGACCAAGGAUGCACGUCUCAGAUGGACGAGUUGUAUCCAACUUCAUUAUGCAAGCGAUACAAAAUCUAACUAUAACCGUGUAUGGCAACGGGAAACAGACCCGAUCGUUUUGCUAUGUAUCAGAUCUGGUGGACGGCCUCCUAGCUUUGAUGGCGUCCAGUUAUACUUUACCUGUCAAUAUUGGAAAUCCGGUAGAACAUACGAUAGA